UAAAAUAAUGUCAUGAUACGUGCGCACGAAAUCUCAAGAUCGCUACAGACAAGAUGGCUACCAAUUUUCCAAAACAUGUUCCCCAGAAAUUGCAUAUGGUUACUUUAGUAAGAAGUGGAAUACGAAGACCGUGGUGGGAAAAAAGGAUUUUAAAGAAACUUGGGCUGACAAAAAGAUUAAAGACAGUUAUUUUAAAGAAUACUGAAGAAGUGAAUGACCAGUUACGAUCAAUAAAAACACUAAUUGAUGUUAAGCCCAUCGUUGUUAAAGGUUUUUGUAACUCCAAAAAUUCUUCAGAAGAGUUGAAACAAUUAAAAGCGGAUCUAUCGUCCACUGCAGAUAAAAUAGGUGAUUUAAAAUUAAUAAGUGGUCCCUUUUUAAACGUUAAUGGUGAAUUUGAUGAGAAAGAAUAUUUAAAUUAUAUCAACAACUUUCCAGAAAAAAAAUUGAAUAAAGUAUUGGAAAAAUCACAUUAUCCAAAUGCAGAAUUGAUGAAUCGUGAUUAUUUUUUGGAAGAAGAGGCAAAGAAAACUGAAAAAUGUGACCAGAUUAGUUUAUAUUUCAAGAAGACUACAUGGAAAACUAAAACACGCCAAGUUAACCGCAACAGAAAUACAACAAAAUAUUGACUAAGUUUGUUAUAAUAUUUAGCUUAUAAUACAUAAUCUUUGAAAUGUUUUUGUGGUAGCUACAAGAUUGGUAACAUGGUCUCAGAAGUAGAGGGCUAAAUUUUAUUGCUCUCAUGCUUGGUGAAUGCAGCCUUUACAGUUAACAGUCAAGACUGGAUUAACUGGAUAGGACACUUUUUACCUUUGCCUAAAGUAAGAGGUUGAGAAAACGUUUAUGGUUCUUUAAGUGUGUGGUUUGAACAAAAGAAAA